AUGGGAGCGACGGUGCCAGUCGUGGUUGCGAUCAUCGCGUCAUUCAAGAUUCGACAACCCCGAGCCAUCAAGCACAUGGCCCUGCCAUCCUUCCUCUUCCCAACCAGCGCGACCAAAGCAAACACAUCAAGGGCAUCGUCCAUUACAGGCGACGUCGUAUUCAACGUCAAGCGCCUCCGACGGCGUAUCAGCUCUGCCGAAGACAGAGUCCCGACUACGCCGCCACCGUACCCGACACGCCACCAGUUUUAG